CCCUCCUGGUCUUGGCACCGUCUGGAACGUCAUCCGGUUCUCCUUCCGCCGCGUUCUUCUUCCGUCACCACCACCACCACCACCACCAUCACCACCGAGCACAUCCCACCCAUACGGUGUACUGCUGAAGGAGAAAAAUAAAAAAAUAAAAAAAUAAAAAAAUUCAUUUAAAAAAAAAGGGGGGAAGAAAAAAAAUAAAAAUAGGAGGGAUCAAGCGCUAGGAGAUAGUUACCCCGAUUCCAGACUCACGGUACUUAAGUGUUGCCUAGCCCCAUUCCAGUACACAGGUGCUCUGCUUGAUCUCGCUUCUUCUUUUCCCUUCCGUUCCUUUUCUUUCCAUCCAACGGUAGAAUAUCCCAAGGGACACCGCCGGCCACCCUCGACCGUCGUGUUCCCGCGUCUCUCUUUUCUGAUCCAGGUUUGCGCUUGCUGCUGCUGCUGCUCUCGACGUUGUCGCGUUGUCUUUCCCUUUUCGGAACCGUGACCGUCGUCCUGUCCCAUCUCGCUUCGGUCUCGUCUGCAAUCGCAAUACUUGACUGGCAAAGAACAACAGAAACCUCGGCUCGUUGACCCGGAGGCUUACUGGCGGAGUCUCUUCAACGUCCAGUGCAUCGCAAAAGAAAUACCAAGGAUAUUACUGACAUCGAGCUAUUGUUGUUGCUAUUGGUUACCAAGGUGGAACUAAAGACCAAGCUUUUGUGGUGAACACUCCCCCCUGCCUUAGCUCGCAGUCAGUUCUUGGAGGAGACAUUCAGUUGUUCAUCUUCCGCAGAGUGAUUGCUUUGAUCUGAGAUUUGUUGCAAACAUCCCUCAGGUCAUUGAGAAUCCUGCAUUCUGCAACACAAAGCAGUUGACUAUGGAGUCCCUUACGACCCAUCCUUCUACCGCGCAACAGGCAAAGGCAUUCACGUCCCCCGCAUCCUUGUCGUUCCCAGGAGGCGCCGGCGAUCUCACCCCGCCUUCCGAAAAAGACCAAAAUGGGAUGAACAGCGGCCAGGCAAACAGCCAGCAGGGCGCAAACGGUGCCGCUCCUGCGACUCCGGUUGCUACCCCUGGAGCUGGGCCCGGCGUGAGCGGCAUUGUGCCAACGUUGCAAAACAUUGUCGCAACGGUCAAUUUGGACUGUCGCUUGGACUUGAAAACCAUCGCACUGCAUGCGCGAAACGCAGAGUACAAUCCAAAGCGUUUCGCUGCCGUCAUCAUGCGUAUUCGCGAGCCCAAGACCACGGCCCUGAUCUUCGCCUCUGGCAAGAUGGUUGUUACCGGAGCUAAGUCCGAAGAUGACUCAAAACUGGCGUCGAGAAAAUACGCUCGCAUUAUCCAAAAACUCGGCUUCAAUGCCAAAUUCACUGAUUUUAAGAUCCAAAACAUUGUCGGGUCGUGUGACAUCAAGUUCCCUAUCCGUUUGGAAGGUCUUGCAAGUCGUCAUCACAACUUCAGCUCUUACGAGCCAGAACUGUUCCCUGGUCUUAUCUACCGUAUGAUGAAGCCAAAGAUCGUGCUUCUCAUCUUCGUUAGCGGGAAGAUCGUAUUGACUGGCGCAAAAGUUCGAGAAGAAAUCUACCAAGCCUUUGAAAUGAUCUACCCUGUGCUAACUGACUUCCGUAAGGUUUAAUGCUUCCUUUGAGCAUGAAGUGCCCAUACUGUGCUUCUGUCUCAGUGUAUUAACAUAUUUUCUCCUGACAUUGCGAUUGCUUUCCGCGCUAUUCGUUGUCACCCAAGUGAUCCUUGACGGGUGGAGUUAUUCUUUUAAUCCCCCAUCAAUCUUUUCCCUUUUUUAGCUGUCUUACCUGCAUUUCAUGGCGUUUUAGCGAUUUUUUUUCUUUUUCCCGCUCCGUGUACUUGCUGGAUUCGGAUUUCCAAAAAAAGAGAAAAAGCGGCGUAUCUCGUUUCCUUUUUGCCAUCAGCUUGUUUAAAUUAGACAAAUCGCCGGGUCUUCCGCUGGUUUGGGAUGGGUUUUCAUCGGCGUAUACGGGGGAAUGGUGGUAUUUUCUACGACCCUUUUUCUCUUAUUUGCUGACGCAGGAGCUUGUUUGUCGGAAAGCUCUUAAUUCUUAUUUUCAUGAGUUUGCAUUGUGGAGUGGUUUGAUCCCAGCUCUCACUUUGACUCAAGAGGCCUGGAGUGGACAGGAGUUGCAUACACACACGAACUCGCAGAUUACUUCACGUCGUGCAGUGGAAAGAAUGUAUCAUACCUACUAGGUAGUAAU